CCUAAAUGGAUGCCGUGUCCCCUGCCUCUGAUAAGCAGGGAGAGUGUCCACUCUGCUCGGCUGGGAAGUCAACGGAGUUGCUAAAUCUAUCUUCUCAUUCUGUGAGGAAGAGGGCAGAUCUUAGGAGCACCAGCCAAUUGUUUCAUUCCCAAAGUGUCUAGCAUCGCCCAAGCUGGACUAGAGAAUGGCAAACACCUCUGUCGCUGCAUCUGACGGCUACUGUUUUGCUGAUCCCACCCAGUAUUAUGAUUUUCUGCCAGAACAAGUCCAUUCUGAGCUGUGUGAUUUCCAAGAAGCCCCCUGUUGCCAGUAUUCUGGCCCUCAGUUCCCUCCGGCUUUACCGUCCCCGUCUUUGCAAAGCCAUUUCAACACUCUCGGCUUGGAUCCACAGUACAGCGGAGGCGGCUGGUGUGUACGCGACGCUCCUGAAUCAAGUCAGUCUGCUUAUGUUCGUGAUGUUGAGGACGGAUUCCCUGGGAUGCCAAGGUCCAGAUCAACCUUUUCUUUACGCUGGAAGGGACGAGAUGAGCUCUGCACGGUCUGUGGUGAUAAGGCGUCAGGGUAUCACUACAAUGCACUUACCUGUGAGGGCUGCAAAGGUUUCUUCCGACGUAGUAUUACCAAAAACGCGGUGUACAGCUGCAAGAAUGGCGGCCACUGUGAAAUGGACACGUACAUGCGUAGAAAAUGCCAAGAGUGCAGACUGAAAAAGUGUAAGGCGGUGGGGAUGCUGGCAGAAUGUUUGCUCACGGAGAUCCAGUGUAAAUCGAAGAGACUUCGAAAGAAGGUCAAGAACAAGGCUGCCCUUUACUCUGACAUCCGAUGGGAAGAUGAAGGAGCAGACAGCCGGCUUGUAUCGUCCACCACUACACCUGGAAAAGGGGUUCAGGGCAGCAUGACACUAACCCAAGAGGAACGCCGUCUCAUGAAUACCAUAGUGACUGCUCAUCAAGAGUCCAUGAUUCCCUUAUGGGAAAUAAGUACACUUGUGCAGGAGUGUUCCAACCCUGAGCUGAGCUUUUUGAGACUCACAGAGGCAGCAGUCCUGCACACACAGGGGCUGAUGAAUUUUACCAAGGGACUCCCAGGGUUUGAAAAUCUACCCAGCGAGGAUCAGACCGUACUGCGGAAGGAGUCGGAAACAGAAGUGGUGUUCCUGCACGCAGCCCAGCUCUGCCGUGUGAAAGACUCACCCUCUGCAAGUACUGUGAGACCACCAAAGCCCUCAGCUCAUACACUGGAGGUGCAUAAUCGAAGGGGUGAUGAAAAUGUUCGUUCUUUGGAAAACUUUUUUCAGGAAGGCUCCCCUUCUGCCACUCUAACUGGUAUUACUAAAGAAUUUAUUGCCUCAUUGUCUUACUUCUACAGAAGAAUGAAUGAUCUUAAUGUAACGGAUACCGAAUAUGCUCUGCUUACGGCAACAACAGUGCUUUUUUCAGAUCGUCCAUGCCUUAAAAAUAAGCAGCACGUAGAGAGCCUACAGGAACCAGUUCUACAGCUUUUGUUUAAGUGUUCAAAAGCGUACCAUCCAGAAGAGCCACAGCAUUUUGCUCACCUUAUAGGGAGGCUCACUGAGCUGAGAACUCUGAGUCACAGCCACUCGGAAAGCCUUCCGUGGAAAACAAAGGACCCCAGAUUGGUUGUGUUCUCUGAGAAAUGGAAUUUGCACUCACUUUAUUAAAAACUUACAGUAUUGAGGCUUCUCUUAAAAUUUCAAAACCAAAAUUGGAUGACUGAUUUGAAAAAUGUGAAAAAAAAAUCACUGUGUCGUCAUAUAAACUGGAGAUCUGAAGGGCUCAUCAGAUGUGUGAAAUUCUGGACUCAGCAGAUGAACACCCUAGGAUUCUUUUCACGAUUGGAUGCAAAAGAAACAAUGGAGCCACGAGGUGGCACGAUCCCUGUACUUGGGAGAUGGAGGCUAGAGGAUCCCAUGUUUAAGGCAAUACAGGGCUGUGUAGAACUCAUCUCAGAAGAAGAAGAAGAAGAAAAAGAAAAAAAAAAAAAGAGAACUGAUGGUCAUGGUCAAUUAAAUUUUUUUUUUUUUAUUUAGCUGAAAAUAUAUAGCCUAUAAAUGUGAACAAAGUUAGUUAUAAUUAGGUAAGGCAGUUUGGAUGCCUCUCGGAUUAAGGACACAUUAACUUAAUAAAAGCUAAUGCUUAGCACCUCUUUUCGUCACAGCACUUCAUGAAUAAUCAAAGAGGAAGAAAACCUUUUCAAAUUGUUUAUCUGCUUCAUAUUUUUAAAUAAGUCUAUGCUAGUGAGUUUCAUCAUGAAAAUGUCAUACAUGUAUAUUAGAUAUUUCUUUCUAUUUACCACUACCCCAUACUACUGAUGCCCUCCUUGCCCCCCCCCCCCAAUAGUUUCCUUUUACUUCUGUGUCCUAAAACAAUAGAUUCAUACAUGCAAGAAAACAUUUUAUUCUAGUCUGAGUCUGGCUUAUUUUCUUUAAAAACAAAGACCCCCCCAUCUAUUUUUCUGCAAAUGACAUAAUUUCAUUCCUCUUAUGGACUGAACUGUGUGUGUAUCUGCAUAUAUUACAUUUUACUUAUCCGUCCAUCUAGUGAUGGCAUGGAGUUGGAUUUUGUAUCUUGGCCACUGUUAAUUGGGCUGUAAUAAACACAACUGUGUGGGCUUUGUGAUUUUAUGUGGCCCUGGAUUCCUUCAGGUGUAUUCCCAGAAGCGGUAUGGAUUAUAUACAUGGUAGGUCUGUUUUUAGGUUUGGAGGUAACUAUAUAGUGCUUUUCACAGAGACUGCCUUCUUUUCAACAGCAUAUAAAGAUUUCUUUUCCUUCACAA